GCCUGUCAGUGGCUCUGCAGGACUCCCUGAGCUGCUGCUGCCACACAGGCGCUGGCAACCUGAGUGGGUGAAUGCUUGUGCUGGCCCAGCCUGGGGGUCCCUCUGCAUGGGUCUCUGUGGGUCACGCUGUAGCACUCCUGGACACAGCCAGUGACUGCUUGUUGAAGAUCAUGGAGAGACCUUUUAGGGGUGGACCACAGAAUAGGGCACACCAGUGUGGUUUUCCUUUAUUUCUCAUUUCUGGUUUUGGCAAGAAGGAAGUUGGACUAAAUAAAUGUGGGAGGUUGCUUAGAUCUGUAGUGUUGUGCUGCAGUGACCUGUGCUGGGUAAUGCUCAGUCAGCAGGUCUGGCAAUGGGCUGGUCAGGUAAAAGCCUUGAGAGAUCCUGUUCCAUCAGGUUCUAAGUAAUUGUUUUUGUCUUUAGGGAUCCAUCCCAGAAUGACUGUGGGGUCAAUACAAAAGAUGAAGGUUUUAGUCUUUCUGCUGAGGUUAGGGGACACUUGAGUAAGCAUCCACCUGUAUUCUACUUCAGUAUGAAGGGCUCAGACUUAUUAAACUUCUAAAUAGGUUGCAGAGUCCCCUGUCAUCUGCUCUAAGUCACAAUUACAGAAUUAAGUUGCAGGCAAGAGUUAGUGUGUUCCAGUGGGGAGGGGUAUUUUUUGGCUGUUUUUUUCUUUUUACACCAGUAUUUCUUGGGUUUUUUUGGUUUGAUAAUGGCGUGUAGAACAGGAUUUCAUUGUGCAACUGUUUGUUAUCUCUUCCUGCUUCCCUUCUUGGUGCUGUGGCCAAAAGUGAGGUUUUGUACAGAAGCCUUGAAGGUGUUUAUGUUCUGUUUCAGCCAGGGCUGAUGCAUAUGUUAAUAUUCCCUGUUAAUAUUUGUGGGAAAACAAUGCCAUGUCUUAGGCUAAGAACAUUGGAAUCAUUUAGGUUGGAAAAGAUUCUUAAGGCGAUUGAGUCCAACAUGUCAUGGUUUGACAUUGCUCCCCGAGCCCUUGCUGCAGCUUGGAUUUACCCAUAGUCUGAAGUGCCUUAGGGCUGCACGUGCUUCAAGUGGAGCCAUAUCUGUGAGCCACAGUCUCCUCAGGGCUAUACCUGCUGCGGCAUAGAUUCACUCAGGCACAGCCCUUUGAGGUGCACCAACUCCAGUGUGGCCUCCAUGAGUCGUAAUACCUCCAGAGGUGAACCUGCUGUGGCACAGUCACAACCGCAGCCACAGACACUUUGAGAGGUACCUGCUCCCAUGUCAUCUACAGGUCACAGUCCCUUCAGCUCAAGCUCACUCCGUAGUUCCAGCCUGUCCAGUGCAGCAGCACAGAACCGAUGCCCUGCCCACCUGCCAGCCCAGGCUCAUCACUGUGGCUGUUAUCAAAACAUUCCCAGGCACAGCAGGAAGGUGAUAAGAAUGGUGUUCAUUGUGUCUGGUUUUCAUCAAGUGAUAACUGGCAAACAGAAUGCUGUGCCAGCUAACAGUAGCAAUUCUGGGAUAUAUGGAAAUGGGUGGUGUGUGGGCCUGGGCAGAGAGGGCAGGUUGUUUCUGGAGGUUCUGUUAGUAUUUCCUCCUACCUGAGCUGGGAACAUACAAGUCUGUGUUCAGCCUGGAAACACGCUAUAUUUUGUAUUUUGAAUAGUUGGGUUUUUUUAACAAUUCACAUGAAGCUCUGGGGUGUAUUUUAUAUAGUCAUUCUGUUUUCUGGCAUUCACAGAAAUAAGACUGAAAGUGCUUCUCAUGUAAAUCAAAAAAAUGUGCUCAGGGCAAACUUUGAGCAAAUGUUGACUUCCUUUGGCCACAACAGCCAUGCAUUCAAUAUUACUUGAGCAUAAGCAAGGAAGUGGAGCUAUUACUUUCCCUGUGGUGUCUGUCUGUACAGUAGAGCUUUUGUGUCACCUGUGGUCUGUGCCACAGGUCUUGGGGGACUGUUCUGCUGGGCUCUCAUCUUCUGUAAAAGAUAGGUCUUCUAUACACAGGAGUAUACUAGGUUGUUGGUAUUUUCUUGCAACAACUGAACUUUCAAAGCUAUGAUUAAAAAAAAGGGGUCGAUAUUUUUCUUGCAGAUGAUUUUUAAAUCUUGCAGAUUUAAAAAAAUCCCUGCUACUUUAAAUUCAGUUUUGUUCCAGAGCUGGGCGCAUGGUGCAUGUAAUCUACUAACCACGAGACAUGCUGUUCUUCAAGGGAUUUAAAAAAAUUGAACUAAUCCCCUACCCUAGGGAAAUACCUUAAAAAUCUUCAUCUCCUCAAACUAGACAGCAGAGGGGCUGAAAAGGGAGCUCUAGUGAAUGAGUUGCAAUAUCCAGUGACAUCCUCAUUAAAACCACCUGGUAUUCUGACAAAAUGAGUGGUAAGAGACCCUCCAGUGUGACUUCCUUCACAUUCACUGUAAUAGGAGCUGCAGCAGUUUAAGCACUCAAAGCCAAGUGGCUUUUUGCCUCUAUGAAAGACAGGUUUAAUGAAAGAGACCAAUUUGUAAAACACAGUGCUUGGAGCGCUGGUCUAACUGCUUCUGUGCUUUCAUGUGCUCCAUUCAAAGCUGCUUAAAACCAGCUCACUUUUCAUAUAUCUAUGAAGAUGGGAUUUUAGGAACCAAACUCUGUAUACUCAGUGAUCUCUUUCUUGGUUUAAUUCUUUUUCCCUUCAUUCAGAACUUCCUCAGAGUUGUGAUGCAGGGUUUAAACUGAGCCUGCAGCAGUGUUAGGCUGGCACAGGUCUUAAAGGAUUGAUACGUUUGUUCAAUCUGUCUUGUGUUGCUUUUUAUGGUGGUUUUGUUUUGGUUUUGGUUUUCUUUUGUUCGCUUAUUUUGUUUUUUAAAGUUACUAUUUGGUCAGAUAAAUUCUUGAGAGGUUCUUCAGGUCACCAGUCAGCCAGACUGGAGAAAAAAAAUUGUUGGUCCUUCAUUGUAUUUGGAUCACUCUUGAUUUCCUUGCUUUUCCUCUGUCUUAGAAUUAUUUUCUUUUACAGUCAGUGCCCUUUUAUAUGAUACCAGGAUAGAUUUUGCUGGGUUUGAUUACAGGAAGGAAUGUAGGCCAUAAAUAGAUGGUAUAUGUACUGCUAACACCAGGUAUACUGAAAUAGCUCAUCUCAAAAGACAGGGGAAGCCUAGCCAGCUGGCCAAGUGCCAGGAGGUUGCAGGGUUGACAGUUAAGCAUCAGUCCUGAAAGGGAGAUUAAUGGUAGGCUGUGCUCUAAAAAAGAGCAUGUUGAGCCACAGGAGAAAUUCUGCAGGAGCAAAUUAAGGAAGAGCUGUGUGCUGAUGCCUCAAUGCAGUUUUACCUUUCUCUUGGCUCCUCUGUCCUGACAGGGUUCUGGCAUUCCCAUGUGGUUUGUCUCUGUGAUCCAUGUGGACUGGCUAGCUGCCUUCUGUGCUUUGAUGGAAUGUUCAGGAGGGGCUUGUCUACACAAGUUUUUUGAAGGAAAUCCUUCUUCUUAGUCAGCCUUUUCUGCACAGCCAGUUAACUGCAAGGCCCCUGAUAAUUUUUGCAGAAGAUGGUAGUAGUUCUGUGUUUCUUCUUUUGCAGGAGCACAGUUGUCCAUACCUGCCACUCUGGAGGCUAUAGCCAAUCAGUUGCUUUGUUGAACACACCAUGGGAAAGAAACGGAGGGGCAACGUAGUUUUUACAGCAAGGCUUCAACACCAAGUGACAUUUCCAAGGUACAGUGACAAGCUCACAGGCUGAAGAAUGAAUCAAAGGCAAUCCCUACAGUUAGCUUUUGGACUUCUACCAGAAUUAAGGAGAACUACGCUCUUAAGUGUCCAUAAUGUGCAGGAUUGCACAUUCAUACAGAAUUACUUCAUUUAAACUUCAGGACAUCUUGUUAAAUGGGGAAGUGAUUACCCUAUAGACUAUGACAACAGGAUAUGUGAAUGAAGGAAGUCUUGGAAAAUACCGCUGUUCCAGGUGGCAUCAUGAGGACAGCAGAGAAGAUGAUGGGCACCUGGAGUGCCAUGAAGGAGAUGAAGAGGGCAGACAAAACAGGCUGACCCCCUUUGAGAAACUAAUGCAGGAUAUGUCUCAUAAUGAAAAAGUGGUGAAAGAAUUAACCCUGGGAAAGAGAAUUGCCUUCUAUCGAGUCAGAGGAGAAAUAGGAAAUGGGAAUUUCUCACAAGUGAAGCUUGGAAUACAUUCCCUGACCAAAGAGAAAGUUGCAAUUAAGAUUUUGGACAAGACAAAGCUAGACCGGAAGACUCAACGUUUGCUGUCUCGUGAGAUAUCCAGCAUGGAAAAGCUGCACCACCCAAAUAUAAUCAGGCUGUAUGAAGUGGUGGAGACGCUCUCAAAACUGCACCUGGUGAUGGAGUAUGCAGGAGGUGGGGAACUCUUCACUAAAAUCAGUACAGAAGGAAAGCUGCUAGAAACAGAGUGUAAAAUAAUCUUCUCCCAGAUUGUGUCUGCUGUGAAGCACAUGCAUGACAAUAAUAUCAUUCACCGGGACCUGAAAGCAGAAAACGUCUUCUACACCAGUAACACCUGUGUUAAGGUGGGAGACUUUGGAUUCAGCACAAUAAGUAAAAGAGAUGAAACUUUAAAAACUUUCUGUGGCUCUCCUCCUUAUGCCGCUCCUGAACUCUUCCGAGAUGAAAACUAUAUUGGCAUCUAUGUAGACAUCUGGGCACUGGGAAUCCUCUUAUACUUCAUGAUGACAGGUAGCAUGCCAUUCCGGGCAGAUACAGUAGGCAAACUGAAAAAGUGCAUUCUUGAAGGCACAUACACUUUGCCUCCCUGUCUCUCAGAAAAUUGCCAGAAACUGAUAAAAGGAGUCCUUCAGCCAGUACCAACCAAGCGAUACUCUGUCAAACUGAUUAUGAACAGUGAAUGGAUGCAAGGAAUACAGUUCCCCAAACCCUUACAGACAUUUAAACUGGAUCCAAAGUAUUUAUCAGAUGUCAGUACACUCAAAGAAGAAGAAAUUGAAGUGAAAAAUAUUCUGGAAGAUUUGGGAAUCACAGAACAGCACAUUCAAAACAACCGGGGAAGAGGCGCAUGCAGCUCCGUAACAGGGGUCUACAGAAUUGUGUUGCACAGAGUACAGAAGAAAAGGGCACUUGAAUCUGUUCCUAUCAUGUCCCAGCCAGAUCCAAAAGAAGACAACUCAAGGAAUGGAAUCAAUUCUUACAGUGGGAUUAAGCACACAUCCAAGCUGUGUUCUAUUUUAUAAAAUUGCACUGCAGGCUUUAUGCUCAGCACAUUUGACAAAGGGGAUUAUUCACUUAUCCUUAAGUUCUAGUGUUACAUUUUUUUUGUAAUUUUUGAAUAAACCAAAAAUGCCUCA